ACACACAUAUAGACACAUAAAACACGCACACAUACUGAGGAGGUGAAGCUGACAGAUGAUUGUGUUGUGAGGGUAGUUUUAAUUCCAGUUGUUUAAUGGCAUGGCAGCAAUCACGGAUGAGUCUUCUUUUCUUCUGCAAGUUGAACACAGGUGUGAAACAGUAUAUCUGUACUGUUUAUCUCAAGGCAGAAGCCAUAAAUGCUUGGGAGUACAUUCCUUCACUUCAUGUUACUGACCUACAAUGAUGUUGGGACACUCUCCUCAAAUGCCAGCUAAGAUGAUGUAGGAAGGACCUGCAAUUUAGUUUGAGCUCUAGAGACAUGGCAGCAGUCCAGAGCUCUGCUUAUGAUGACACAAACCUUGGGUCAGGCCCCGAUGAGGAUGACUCAGAAAUUUCAUUGUUAAGGGAAGAGUUGGAUUCGGGAAGCGUGCUCUCUGAGGAUUCUGUUUUCCCUGAUUACGAACACGAAGAUGGAAAAAAGGGAACUGCCAACACUCUGUAUGAAGCCUGCGUCCAAAAUGACGCACAAGCACUGAAGAGAGUGUUGGAGUGUGGUGUGGCCCGGGACGAGGUCAUGGAAGUUGACAUUAAUGGCUGGAAUGGGUUGAUGGUGGCAGCAUAUAAAGGCUUCCUUCCGAUUGUUUAUGGGCUGCAUGGCUGUCCGCAUCUGGACAUUAACCACCAAGACAACGAUGGCAACACUGCUCUAAUGGUUGCAGCACAAGCUGGUCACGCCUCCAUAUGUAAUUUCAUCAUGAAUUACUUUCCCGGAGCAGACACAGAGAUCAGAGACAACAGAGGAUUCACUGCUCUCAUUAAAGCUGCCAUACAGGGCAGGGAUGAUGCGGUGGCAGCUCUUAUAAUGCAUGGUGCGGAUGUGAAUGCUGUAGACUCAAACCGUGGGAAAUGUGCACGUGACUGGGCGCUGAAAACAGGUCGCUUUGACACACUGCGUCGCCUGCGCCGCCUUGCAUUACGCCCCACAGCAGAACAGUUUUGUGACACCUACAUCCCUGAGUGGCCUAAACUUAAGGUAUUGGUCGCAAAAGAAACAGCCAAUAAGACUGCUGGCCAGAAGCUGACUCAUCGAUUCAAGAGCACAUUCGGUUUCAGCUUCCCACGUGACCCGCAGGACAAUGGUGUCAUGGAUCACAUGGUGCGUAUGACCACCAGCCUUCGCAGCCCACUCAUAGCCACGGCAACACGCCCGCUGUGCCCAAGCAGCCCUCCAGAGGUGGGCAAACGGCGGCUGGCUGUGGCUGAGCUGGUUCAGAGGCACUCAGGGACAGAGCUGGAAGAGGGUUCACAUUGCCAUAGAAACAACUCCAUCACAAGCAUUUCUCCCUCUGUCCACUCGACAGGAUCUGUUUCUAUGUCCUGCUGUGCUGAUACAGAGAGGCGUAGCAGUGUGCUGUCCAUUGCUCAGUCUGGUUUACGCUCUUUCAUCCCUCGUAGUGUAGCAUCAAGACGCAACAGCAUUUUCCCUUCGGGCUGUGUUCCACAGAUUAAAGUCACCAAGUCUUCUGAGCCCACCCCAAAGAAGGAGAAAAAGAAUAAAAGAGAAAAGGGUUACCUGGAGCCUCCAAAGUGGAAGUACAAGGAGGCCAAGGAGCAGAAGAAGAAAGAGAAGAAAGCACUGAAAGAAAAGGAAGAGAAGGAGAAGAAAAGCAAAGAUAAGAAAAAAAGGAAAAAAAAACAUGAGGACUGAAGUGGGUGUUAAUGUCCUUAAAAGAUCCCAUAAAAUCACUUUAGAAGUACUGUUUUCGUUCCUGUAUUUUUAAAUUUCCAAUGGAGCAAGACGUACUGAGUGGCAUUCAUAGCCAAAAGGUGUUAGUUAUGUCAAAUCCAUGUAACAUGAUGUGCUAAUUGGUUACAGGUGUUAUUAGGGGGAUGGAUAUUCUCAGUCUAAAAACAUUUGAUUGGACAAAAAUUCAUGUUUGUGCAAGAGUCAUCAAUAUUUUUGAUCCGUUUUCCCAGAGUAGAGAGACUGUACAUUUAUAACUUGCAUAUUAUGUAUGCUUAUAUAUGCUAAAAGUCAAUAUUGUCCACUUUCAGAAUUACACUAGCAUAUAGAUGAAAUCAAAUCAAAUAGAAAAAGGACACUAUUUUAAUGGUGCUAGCGCUAAGCGCAGGGGUAUACUUUAAGCCAUAAAUGAAAAGUCAGUGGGCAUGGUCAUGAAGUUUUGAUAUGUUUGUGCAAGUAUGCACUAAAUCUAGGUGCAAGAGGGUUUGGCAAAGUGCUUAUGGGCUGGGUCAAGUACAAUUUCAUUUGGAGGUUCUUCUCCAGUUAUUCCAGUGUCUGUGUACUAUUACUGUAUUUAGUCCAUUCCCUGCCAAGCACCAAUGAUAUAAACAAAGAAAUUGGUAUUGUAUGCAAUGAAUUAGAAGAAUAUAAAUAUGGACUUUUCUUUUGUGCAAUAACUGCGUCCUUGAAUGUAAUUCAUAUUUCUAGUGACACAUGACACAUUUUUUUACACAUGGUAAAUGUGGUUCUCAUCAGGAUUUGGAAAUAUGCUCAAUUCAAUUAUAAAGUAAGUAUUAUUAAUCAUCUACCGAAACACAUUUAUUGGCUAAUAUUAACGGUGAUUGUAUCGGAACACUCUUCACUUCUACCGGUCCUUUUUGACUUUGAAACGUUUUAUUAUUGUAUUAAAUCAAGAAAUAAUUCAACAAAAAAUAUUUCUAAUUUCAAAUGACACUUCAUACCAAACUAAAAUAAUAUAAAAAUAACAAAAAUGGUAAAAAAAUAUCAUACCAAAUACAAACAUUUACUGUCUCGAACUUCUCCACCGGCCCCUUUUGCAGUGACUUAAAGAUCACACUAUGACAACAGGUGUAUUAGAUCAUAACUACAAUUCAACAGUGAUCGUCAUGGAUCUAAUUUGACGUUCCACUAUAUUUUGGCCAUGAACUUUGUGGCCAUAUGAUGGUGGAAUCUCCAAACUGCAAAUGCAGGAACUGACUUUAGAAUUCAGCUUUAGCUGCUUUUGAAAUAUUUUAUCGCAAUUACCUUUUUCCCUUACACAAGGUCUAAGCAUGGGGGUUGCCAUUUUAGAAUCACAUGACUAGCCAAAUACUACAUGCUUAAUUGCAGUAACCAUCCUGUUAUUUGACACAUUCACUCAUUGACCAAGUUAUCUUGGCUGACUGUGAAAAACUAAAUUUCUACAAUGGCAUCAGAAACUGAAAACUAAUUAUUUUAAUGAUGCUUCAUCCAAGCUGCUAGGUGUCAGUCCAGAGGACACAAACACACAAAUUACUGAGUGCACCUUUAAGUCAUAAUUAUGGUAGUACAAGAAGCAAGUUAUAAUUUCUUGCUUUAUUAUGUAUUAUUAAUGUAAAUAUGUAUGAUCUAUUGUAAGAUACUGUGAAUGUGAUUUAAAUAAACUAUGUGUCCUGUA